CAGGCUCCGGGCCCCGCUGGCCCCCAGGCACUACCUCAGGGGAUAAUGAAUGAAGGCAGUGACUACACUGAAGCAGGCCUCCAGCAACAACUUGUCAGCAGGGCUCAGGCCGGCCGGGAAUAGAGACACAGCAGAGGGGGAACUCUCUGCUCCCGGUAUCAGAAGAAGGCGGCGUCCGCACACCUGCAUGAGCGCUGGGAGCGAGACCCACCUGCCGCUUCCAGCAGCGCACACAUGUCUUCAGCCGGGGGAAGGAAGGGGGCAGCAUGAGCAGUGCAACCCCCAUAUCCUCCAGCAGCAGCUGCGGGAGCCCCCGCACACACAGACCCGACAGGCAGCGCUCCUCAGGUAUCGACUGCAGUGAGAGAGCAAUUGCCGGCGAAGGCCCCCCGAAGGGGAGACCAGGAGAAGGUGACAAAAUCAUGCGCUGUCAGAGACAAAGAGGAUGCAAAGAGGUGUCCGGAAUCAUGCCAGAAGAUUUCUUGAGGAUGACAAUAAUGGCUUUCAGGUUCCCCAUGGCUGUGGGCCUCAACAAAUACCAUCGAGUGACCCAGAAUGUUACAAAGCCCAGACACUCGCGAUAGAAGGAUUGCUACCCGCACCAGAAGAAGAGAAGAACUCGGGAAUGUGUUGGCUGCCAUGAGAAAGUUUAACCUGAGCAAAGGACUGCCACUCCAGGAAAGCAGAAAUCAAAUCAAAUCACAGUUAUAUACAUAUCACUGGGCUGAUCUGCUUUAUUAAGAGACAUGGAUGCAAACCGUGAGUUCUGGGCUGGAUUCAUCGAUCUAUACCAGACCAAUGAGUGCUUGUGGCGUGUGGGCACAAGGGAUUACGCCAACAGAGGAAAGAAAAAUUUGGCAUACCAGCAAUUGGCCAGGUACAGCCUUGUCCAAGAUAGUGGUGCCGACAUCAAGUGGGUAAAGAGGAAGAUCCAGAAUCUGAGGACAGUAUUUCUUAAGGAGCACAGGAAAUACAAAGAUUCCCAACGUUCAGGAGCGGGGUCAGAUCAAGUCAAGAAGCCAAUACAAUGGUAUUAUGACUUGAUGAAGUUCGUAUUGGAUGAGGAGCCUUCGAGGACAGCGCAGAGCACAGAGGAGCCGAACACGCCCGGGAUGUUCGAGCCUGAGGAAGAGGAGAGUGUGGAUCCGCUGUCUUCGAGGGAGCUGGACGUGGAACCUGCAGUGGAUGAGCCGGCAGACCAAGCCACUGUAAUGCCGGAGCUGGAGGUGAGUGAGGUGGCGAUGGGAACGCCCCAGUCUCUGGCUAGAAAGAGACGCCAGCCGGCUAUCCCUGGAAGAUCUGUCUCCUCCAGCAGGUCAGAUACAUUUCUGAGGCAGGCAGAGGAGGUCCUAAAAAACAGACCGGAUAGAUUUGAAGCUAUUGGAGACCAUUUAGCCUGUGAGUUGCGGGCCAUGAACCCCACUCAGCAAAAAUACGCCCAGCGUCUGGUAUAUGCCAUUAUAUCACAUGGCCAGGAUGAUGAAUUGACCAACCACAGUGGCGUUGUGUUAGAUACCAGAAGGGUGCCUAGUACAUCUUAUGCCCCUCCCCCAACUCACCCUCCCAUGUAUUCUGCGCCGGUAAUUCCUCAACAAUACCCCACAUAUCCUGCUCCGGGUUACCAAAUGCCACAAUCCCCCUUCCCUGGCACCUCUUCAGGUGGAGUGUUCACCACUCUGUUGAGUGCACACUCCACUGUUCAAGGCGACCAAAAUUUUUAAUCAAAAUGUUUUAGAUUUUUUGAAUUUGUGUUUUUUUGUUUGCUGACUUCAGAUUUGUAUUUGACCUUCCUCCAUAUAUGUUUUUUCUUGAAGUCAAUUGUACCAUAAUGUUGGUUUUCUACACUUCAUUUGCCCCUGUAAUAGAACGUUGUGAAUGCUUUUAUUUCAUGUGCACUUUUGAAAUACUGUCCUCAAAUUCUUUUACUUCUUCUUCAUCCCAAGUUAUGUUGGCACCACUGUUUUUGCUGCACUGUAUCUGGCUAAUUGUUGGAAUGCCUGAUGCCUCUAUUGGUGUAAUCCCUGCUGUCAUGGCACUCAUUGGCUCAAAAAUCGAUGAAUCCAGCCCAGAAUGUUUCUAAUUUAUUAUUUUUCUAAAAUUUAUAAUUACAAAUUGUUAC